AUGAAGAAAUUGCUGGGAAACAUCAAGAAGAAAAAUGACAGUCCGGAACGAAAUGGCAGCUCACCGGUGGUGCUUCCACAAGGCGACUCACCAGAAGCAGUGGUUGUACGGGAGAUGACCGCCUUCUGCGAAUCUGGCGCGCCCAACUCUUCAAGCGCAGGCGACGAAUACCUCCACCUGCCGGCUAUUGUCGAUGCCGCAGAGUCAAGUCCUACAGCCGCCAAAGAGGCCGCCGCUACCCUCCGACGAUUCCUGUCCAAAGAGAACUACCCCAGGGGCUACGCACAGUACAAUGCGGUUAUGCUGGCCCGAAUUCUAACCGACAACCCAGGUCCUGUCUUCACGCAGAAUUUCGACGCCAAAUUCGUUCAUACGGUGAAAGAGCUACUCCGCGAUGGCAGAGACAAGAGCGUACAGCAGAUUCUACGGGAGACCCUUGACUACUUCGAGUUCGAGAAGGCGCCUGGGAAUGACACCCUCGGUCCAUUGAUGGAAAUGUGGCGGAAAGAGAAGGGAAAGCGGAAUACCAUUCGUCCUUCGGUAGGUUGGGCUUCUAUGGAAGCUGUUGGCCCUGAUCAUCUCGCUGAUGGCCAACAGAAUUACCGUGUGCCUCCUCCUCCACUCGCCGGACAGUACCAAUACCAGCAUCACGGCAAUGGCCACAGACGUGAAGACUUCCUGCCGCCCCCUGAAGAGCUGGCGGCGCGUAUUGAGGAGGCGAAGACGACUGCCCGUCUACUGGUUCAGACCGUCCAAUCCACACCGCAGUCUGAGCUGCUCGCAAACGAGCUUGUCACGGAAUUUGCAGACAGAGCGAAGAAUGCGCAGAGGAGCAUUCAGAAGAUCAUGAAUUGCCAGAACCCGGCGCCUGACCCAGAUACAAUGCUCACGCUGAUAGAGACAAACGACCAGCUCAACAUAGCCAUGUCCAAACACCAGAGAGCCAUACUUCAAGCACGAAGGUCCAGUGGCCUGGCAACGCCUAGUCCUCAUGCUGAGACUCCGCAGAGUUCUGCAGCAAUGCCACAGCACAACCUAGGCCAAAACGUCUACAGCAGCGGUUCCCUACAUGACAACAGACCAUAUCCAACAUCCCCGCCGCGCCGUCAGGAUACUGUACCAAGUCCAGUCAGUCCUCCUCGGCAAGAAACACCGGAGCAUUUUGAGCCACCCCCAGGACCUCCUUCUGGGUUCCGUGGCCCAGUCAGAGCUCCGCCUCCGUCGACUGAGUAUGAUUAUGCCGACGCCUACUCUGCUCCUGAACAAGCACCGCCAAUUCCGCAACGAGUGCGACCACAGUCACAGUCCUAUGCGUACGGUGUACCCGAGAAUCCAUUCACAGACGACGCAUAUGGCCAGACGGGAGUUCAACAGCAGCCCAGUCGCAACUUGAUCGAUCUUGGCGAAGACACGCCGUCGACUCAACCACAGGGAAACCAGUUCUCGAACGAGUCCUCAGUUGCACAAUCAAGACCAGGCCCGUACGGAACAGAUUACCAGCCGACACAGAGUUACAUGGCUAGGCAGGACUCUUCAGCUGCGCAUCUGACCAUGCAUGGUGGCACUCCUCCUUCUAGUGCUGGCAACCAGACUCAGACCAAUGGAGCCUACGGAAGUAGCCCUGUUAGCCCAGUAGAUGAGCGAGAGACGGUUGGACGACGAAUGAAUGAUAUGCGGAUUUGA